GGCUACAGUCGAUGGAGCAGGAAGCUGUUUUUUCUUAUUCCACCUUUUGGGGGGGGCGUCGUCGUACAACAAACAGCUGGUGGUCACCACGCAGAAUAAACCAGCUUGCUUUCUAGUGUGUCGUUAAUUGGGCUUUUGACACACUAUAUCUUUGAUAUUUGUCAAAUAGCUUGCUGAGAGGCUAGCCACUUAUUAAGUAGGCUAUCUUGCUCAGAACCUUCUAUGUAGAGAACCAUCUGGCUGUUGCCACUGUGAACGCGGACCUUAUCGCUCAUUGUCCGUCUGGAAAUAACAAUAUAUUAAUGCAAUUUAGUGAACGUGUUAUUUAUUUGCAACGGAAAUAAUGUUUGUGACAGUCACUUCGAGUCGGACUAGUAAACUCUGAAUCUAGCAAGGCAGCGUCACUGUAAUCAGAAACCAGAAGCCGCUUGGCUUCAUCUCAUCACCACUCGGAGGAGCCCAACAGCAUUGUCUUGGAAACUAGCAGAGGGAAGACUGCCCUUUUCAGAGAAUGGAUGGCUAUGGGUUCUCCAGUGACAUGUUCAGUGGGCGGUCAGUUCUUGGGGAGGAUAGUUCGGUCAUGGCCCGCAUGCAGAAGAAGUUCUGGAAGACCAAGCAGGUUCUGAUCAAAGCCACGGGGAAGAAGGAGGAUGAGUACGUGGUGGCUUCAGAUGCAGAUCUAGAUGCCAAGCUAGAGUUCUUCCGGUCGGUGCAAUGCACAUGCACAGAGCUGCUGAAGGUGAUUGAGAAAUACCAGCAACGGAUCACACACCUGUCCCAGGAGGAGAACGAGUUGGGGCUGUUCCUGCGCUUCCAGGCGGAGCAUGACAAAACCAAAGCAGGCAAGAUGAUGGACGCCACCAGCAAGGCCCUCUGUGCCUCGGCCAAACAGAGGAUAGCCCUGUGUCCCCCGCUCCACCGAAUGGAGCAGGAGGUGGACACGUUCCGGAGGCGUGCGAUUGCCGACACACUGCUGACAGUGAGCCACAUGGAGAAAUCCCGCACGGAAUAUCGUGGAGCGCUGCUCUGGAUGAAGGACGUCUCCAUGGAGCUGGACCCCGACACCUACAAACAGCUGGAAAAGUUCCGCAAGGUUCAGGCCCAGGUGAGGACAACAAAGGUGCAGUUUGACAAACUAAAGAACGACGUGUGUCAGAAGGUUGACAUGCUGGGAGCCAGCCGCUGCAACAUGUUCUCCCACUCACUCUGCACCUACCAGACUACACUCCUGCAGUUCUGGGGGAAGACUGCACACGUGAUGUCCGCCAUCCACGUGGCCUUUAAAGGAUACAUUCCUUACCAGUUCACCACACUAAAGGAGCUGAGGGACCCCCUGGACCAGUUAACAGAGGGUCAGGCAGAGCAGGAGAACACAGAGAAGCCUAUGCAGACACAAACGGACAAUCAUGUUUCUAGGAAACACGAGGACACGGUCAGGUCCCUUUUCAUUGAGCUUCUGGUGUCUCUGGAGGAAGAGAAUACUGGAGAGACCGCAUCUGACAAUGUCUCCACCCUUGCGAUUGAUGGACAGAGUCGGGACAGUGACAGCUCCUUAUGUGCCAGCCUUGAUUCUGCCCUGUUUGCGCUCUCUGGCCCCUUUAGCCCCACCAGCACAGACGACGACCUUUUGCUCAUGAGCCCUGACCCCUCCCUUACUCCGACCCCCAACGCCACCCUUAUCCCCACCCUGCCUGCAGCACCUCUUGCUGAAGCUGCCUGCAGGCUCAGCGCUCCUCCAGGGGGACGACUGGAGCUCCCUGACUGGGGUAUGAGGGACCUGCUGUUUGAUCUGCCCCAGCAGCCGUCCCCUGGAGCCGGAGCAGCAGCAGGAGCAGGAGCAGGAGCAGGAGUUCCAGGGGAGACGCUGCUGCUGCAGCAGGAGGACGAGUCCGAGCGAGGAGACAUGUCCUUCCUCCGCGACCUCCUCAGCCCCGGCGCCACCGCCAGCGACGAGUUCACCCUGGCGUGGCAGGACGCGUUCGGCUCCUUCGAGUCGCCCCUCCCUGCGGGUCCCUCCCUGGCCCAGGGCGCCCCCCUUAGCACCGCCGCCGCCCCCUCCUCCGCCUCCCCGCCCCCCAGCCCCACCGGCUUCCUGCCCUCCCAGCUCCUGGACCACAGCCUCAGCUCCACAGGCUGGGUUACUCCACCCAUGUUUCAGGCACCUCCUCUUCAGCCGCCGUCCACUACAGGCCAGGCCCCGGCCCCGCCCCCCCAGAGCAGCCCCAGGACCCCGGCCAGCGCUCCCAAACGUGCUGCACAGGACAUGUCAGCCUGGUUUAACCUCUUCUCUGAACUGGACCCGCUGUCAAACCCUGAUGCUAUUGGCCGGUCUGAUGAAGAACUCCUCAACGCCUGAGAUAUGAGAGGAGUUCCAGUGACACUCUAGAGUUGGAAUCCAAUGCUGUCUGAGCCUGCGCGAGUGAGAGGAUGUACACCCUGCAUGGAGGUCACACACGUGUGUUUGUGCACAUCACAACUGGAGAUGCACUACGGUUCCCCCAUUGUGUGAAUACAAACUGGAAUCUUCUGAAGGUUCUGUCUGUGGACAUUAAGGCUGAAAAAAAAAAAAAAACAGAUCAUGAAUGUUUCAGAGUCUGGAGGUCUCUAAACCACUCUGGGCUAAAUCUCUCUCCUACAGUCUGUCAUUCUCUCUCUCUGACACACACAAACACACACUCACACACACAAACAAAAACAGCCUCUGUCCCUUUCUGUCUGCCUCCAUGUGUCCAUCCUUGGUGCGUGUGUGUAUUUGUGUGUACUCCAGCUAUGUAUGCUCCAAAUAUAAUGCAGGUUGAAGAUCCUAACACUUACGUAAACAGACUGCAUUUAUCACUAAUGAAAUCAAAAAUAUAUUUAUUCCUCGUUACAUACAGGUAGCUAGAUGUAGAAAAACAUACAAUCUAUGUUUUGUAUGAUGAGCACAUUUUUUGACGGGACAGGGGAACGGGGGAAGGUGUUACGUGUGAGUGAACCUCUCACUGGAGACUGAGUGAGUGAGCGUCCUUUCAAGAGAAUUAACGGCUUGUGUGAGUGCGUUUAUAGAUCCGCGGUCUGAUAUCGCAGUUUCGCUCUGUCCUACAACAGCGUGAGGAAAAGGAUGUAUUUUUGGAGACCUGCAAGUGCUCAGUUGACUGGGUGCAACGAAACCUAUUUAUUUUUGUCCUCUGAAACAGUGGAUUAUACUAGCCCCUUGUACCAAUAGAGACACUAAUUAUCACCUGCCGUUACUACUAGUCGGAGAGGGUAUUAAAAUGCGUUUGUUGUACAGUAUCUUCUGAAAAUCAAACUCUGUCCUAUGCCAUCACAGUAGGGAUCCUCCCGGUUGUUCCUGAUCUGUGAGGAAGCUAAACUUCGUUUUGGGAUUCCUCUCCAAUCCCAGUCACGCUUCAUUCCUUCAUCACAUGGGAAUGUUAUUGUUUUCCAGAAGGAGCUGGGUUUUUUCUACCAAGGGAAAGGAACACGCAAUACCCUUGGUGAUGUUAGUGUAUGAGACUGUGUUUACCCAUAUUGGUCAUCAUCUGUCAAGAGCAUAUGACAUGCAAGAUUCAGCACCCAGUACCAUCAAUGGAAACGAUUUUUCAUUUUCUAGGCAGGCUGAAUUGUUUGGGUAACGUCACACCGUUUUGGUUUUUAUUCAUCCCAGACAUCAAAAGAAUGUAUUCUGCACCAAUCAUAAUGCUUGACUCUUUGAUUUUAAUAUUACUAUGCCUUUUUCUGUUCAACAAAAAAGAUGCAAUGGCAAAAUGUGGUUGGAUGCGAACUGGAUAAUGUGAGUUAGGGUGUUUCAUAUCUAAUAAAAUAUGUAAUGUUUGAGUAA